AUGACCGGAAGGAGUAAGAUUCUGAUAAUCGGAGGUACAGGGUACAUCGGAAAAUUCAUUGUGGAAGCCAGCGCCAAGGCCGGCCACCCGACCUUCGUUUUAAUCCGAGGGUCCACUCUCUCUAAUCCAGGUCCUGACAAAUCAAAACUCAUUGAGAGCUUCGAAAAAUCGGGCGUCGUCUUCAUCCAUGGAGAUUUAUAUAAUCAUGAGAGCUUGGUGAGGGCAAUGAAGCAGGUGGAUGUGGUAAUAUCGACACUUGGUUAUGCGCAAUUAGGUGAUCAAGACAAGAUUGUAGCUGCUAUUGAGGAAGCUGGCAAUGUUAAGCGAUUCUUUCCUUCAGAAUUUGGAAGCGAUGUUGAUCGUGCCCAUGCUAUUGAGCCGGCAAAAUCGAUGUUUGGGCACAAAGCUCAAUUUCGUCGAUUUGUUGAGGCAGAAGGAAUCCCUUAUACCUUUGUCUCGAGCAAUUUCUUUAGCGGCGUAUUCGUUAGAACACUGGCACAGCUAAAUGCCACAGCUCCACCAAGGGAUAAAGUUGUUAUUUUUGGGGAUGGGAACACAAAAGCCGUUUUUAACAAGGAAGAAGAUAUUGCUACUUAUACCAUCAAAGCGGUGGAGGAUCCAAGAACAUUGAAUAAGAUCCUCUACAUUAGACCUCCUGCCAACACGAUAUCUCACAACGAACUAGUUUCCUUGUGGGAGAAAAAGAUUGGCAAGACCCUCGAAAGAUCAUAUAUUCCUGAGGAGGAAGUUCUAAAGAACAUUCAAGAAGCCUCUGCUCCACUAAAUAUCCGAUUAUCAAUCUGCCACUCUGUCUUUUUGAUGGGAGAUCAAACAAAUUUUGAGAUUGAACCAUCAUUUGGUGUCGAGGCAUCACAGCUUUAUCCCGAUGUCAAAUAUGCCUCUGUGGAUGAGAUGCUUGACCAAUAUGUGUAA